AGGCACCGCGCCCUCAAGGCGCCUCAACCCAACGCGCCCGCACUCCUCCCCUGCGUGGCCAUCGCGAAAUACACCACUUAGCCACUAUAAUGAUGCCCUCUCCGCCCCUAAUCUACGCUGAGCUCCUCCCCAAUAUCCGCCAGAUCUCCGUUCUCGCCGCCCUCCCCACUCCCUCCGACGGCACAACCCGCGUUUCCCUCUCCGGAGACCGCGCGAUCCUUACACUCGUCCACAAUGGCGCAACAGCUUCCCUCCAGCUACCAGGCGCGAUAGCACCGACCUAUAACCCCGCACAGCCGCAUCCCAACCUUGCCCAGUUAUCCUGGCGCAUCCCUCUCGCGGCCUCUCUGUUGCAACCACGCGCUGCGCCCUCCGUUACCGCGCCGUGGUCCGCCGGCGCACUCGCGGGCACGUCCUCGUUUUCCUGCCGAGGAUGCGGACAGGUCAUCCUGUCCCCCGGGCGCGUGACGACGUGGCGCGACCUGCCUAGCGAGAACUGGGCCGAGAUGAUGGAGUUCUGGCACUGUCAUAAACCCGAUGUGCCGGUUGGGGAGAAGGGGGAUGAGGAAGGGGGGGAUAAUACCACGAAGGGGUAUGGGGCGAAUACGCGGAUGAUGGCUCAGAAAGGGGUGGGAAAGGUUGAUUUGACAUACUUCCUCCUGGAUGGGGAGGAUUGUAGCGGCCUCGAGACCAACCCCUCCUCCCUCACCCUCAGUUGCACAUCCUGCGCCGCACACAUCGGCAUCUCCACACCCGCAGGCAAUCAACUGUACAAAUGGUCACUCUCACUCACUGCUCCCCUAACCACCGCAACUUCCUCCCCUACAACACAACUCGCACCCACCUCUCCACCUCUCCCCCACUUCCUCCUCCCGCAACUCCACGCCCAAUCCUCCGCCCUCGGCGUCUCGAAAUUCAUCAUCCGGCCACCGCCACCACCGGCUGAUGCUAAGAGCGAAAGCAAUGCGGAUGCAGAGGUAGGGGUAUAUGUAUGGCUGUUUGCGCCAUCUCUUACCGUAUCUUUUUCUUCCAUCUCUUCCCACCCCACCUCUUCCUCGCCAGCCCUCACGCCCAGGAACUCCUCACCACCACCACCCCUCCCAGCAAGCAAGCUCCUCUUUCGCCCUUCUCCUCCCAGAGACGAGGCUACCGCCGUCCUCGAUGCGCCGAAUAGCGCGGUGGAGGAGGUACGGCUCCCGGCGUCGGUGGUACGCGCUUUCGCUACCCUUUUACAGGAGAGCAACGCUCGGCUACCCGAGGGAGCGCGUGUCUUUGCUGGGGGAUGGGAUGUCGGGAUUCUAGAGGUGUGGAAUGGCGGCGAAGGAGUGGUGUGAUUGAGCGACCCAAUAAGAUAUGAAAUAAUGAGCCUUUUAAAUUACUAGACUGUUUUGUCAUUCAGCAUGCGUUCUUUCUCGCUCAUUUCUGUCUAAAUACGCAAGAACAAAAUUCACACUCUCGUUCGCAACCCCAACCAACAUAAAUAUGGAAAGUAUUUGUCCAAACGUCCACUCUCGUUCUCCGAUUCCGAUAGUAUUCCUCGAUAUAGUUUGUUCCAGGGACACCAUCGCAUAAAUAUUGAAGCCAACGCCAACAAUCAUCCCCAUCCACUGUUCCACCUUCGUUUCCCCGUCGCUCGUCGGCGGUAUUUGCUCAGAAUACCGAAACGUCUCCCACCCAUUCGGAUGCCUCCUCGCUUGCCAGCUGAAAAAUGCGUAAAAACAGACCAUGAGCACCGCUCCAACCAACGACCAGAAAGCAGUGAGUAAGAGCGUGCCAACCAUGAUCCAGCGCAGUGCUGCGGAGGUAGCAGGAAUGCUGAUACCAAAUACGACAUAAAUUAUAUCCGCAUUGCAUUCUGGCUGCACUCCGAAUGUCCUUGCCGUAUACCAGAUAUAAGUAGCAAAAGCCAUGAAAAUGCCGCUGGCACAGAACUUUAUCCCAAGCCAUACAUACAUCCUCAGCACUCCCACAUUUCUGUAUUUGGCCUGGCGCGGGAGAUUUAUGCCGAGGAGGGCGAGGAGAUGGAUGACGCAGAUAGCGUGGAAGAGAGUUAAUUUGUUGAGGAAGGCUUGCGUUACUGCUGUGAAGAGGAGAGCAAGGCCUUGGACACUUAGUGUUACAUCUAUGGCUUCUCUAAGCUCUUUUGUGUCUUCCUCGUUGCCGAUCUGGGAGGCAAUAAAGCUGAUUACUCGACCGCCGAGUGCAAGAGCGUAAAUCGAAAUUCGGAUCUAUAUAUGAAUUAGUUAGAUGUAUUUAUUGGGCUAAGAAAAUCACUGAC